AUGCUUCAAAUAAAAGAGAGAAGCAAGUGCAGUCGCGCUGCCCCGCCGGGACCCGCGAGCUCAACUCGCUUCCACGCUCGGCCCGGCCAGGUGUCCGAGGACGAGCUGGUGUCCACGCUGAAGCAGCUGGUGGCGGAGAAGCUGAACGUCCCGGUGCGGCAGCAGCGUCUGCUGUUCAAGGGCAAGGCCCUGGCAGAUGGGAAGAGGCUCUCUGAUUACAGCAUCGGGCCCAAUUCCAAGCUCAAUCUGGUGGUCAAACCUCCGGAAAAAGCGUCGCUGGAAGACAGUGCUGCCCGGAGGCCUGGUGAAGUGCCGCCUGCACCCCAGCCCGCCUGGCCGCUGGUGGCCAAAGUGUUGGCCCGCCACUUCAGCGCAGGGGAUGCCAGCAGAGUCCUGGACCAGCUCCAGAGGGAUUAUGAGAGGUCUCUGAGCCGCCUGACACUGGAUGACAUCGAACGCUUGGCUAGCCGCUUCCUGCACCCCGAAGUGACAGAGACUAUGGAGAAGGGCUUCCCCAAAUAGGAUUCUCCGGGCGUGGGGAGGCAUCCCAUCAGGCCGCCAGCUGCAUGUAGCAUUAAAUGUCUUCUCCUCUGGCGAUGUGGCUCCUGAUGACGAUAGCCUCUGGGCGGCAGGGCCCAAGGCCGCCAUGGGUUCUUCAUAUGGGGUUGCUCCCUCAGGCCACACAAAAGGUGAGACAGCGAGGCUCCUGGGAGUGAGUGGGAGAGCCCGACAUGAGUUCUGUCUGCUUCUAGAAGUGCCUCAGGGUGAGGAGGGGAACAAGACUCUGGAAGGCUCCAAGGGUUAGGCUUGGGCAUUUCCACUUGAGCCUACAGAGAACAAACCCUCACAGCGCUCCUUCCCAAGCAUGGAGAAGCAGCUGGUCCUGCUGCCCAGCCCUGUCACCUGACUGGGCAGGAGACCAAGAGACACUCAACCUGGGGCUCGUGGCAGCAGCCACCAGCAAGUCUUCAGCAGAGCAGGCUGGGACGUGAGGGUGCACACGAGCCCAGGCAAGUCGACUCCCUCACCCCAUGGGCCACAGCUUCACCCUAGGUGUCCUUCACCACCCAGCCUCGAGUUUCAUGCACAAACAGGCCUCAGGCAGCACCCCAGCCAGGUAGAGUGCAGAGAGGCCACCCACUGGCUCCUCUGCUGUCCUCUCCCAGACCAGGGUGCUUCUUGCCUCUUAGGGGCAGGCUGCAGGUGGCUGGCAUCAGGCCACUCUGUGAGCAGCUCCAGAACUUGGCCUCGGCACCCCGCAGGCCCACAGCACGGCCGUGGACAGGGCUUCCACUCAGUGCACCCUACUGCCUGGGAGAUGCGGGGGGUAGGCAUACACAAGGACUGAGCAGCCCUGCCCCCCCGCCCCCCCACUCGCUGGGGGGGGCACCAGAGGCCAUCUAGGUGCCUGUUCCUCUUCCGAGGGCACCCUGGGCAGCAGAGGCUGAAGGGAGCCGCUGUGGGACGCCAGGAAGAGACACGCCGCAGGCGAAGGCUUUGACGGCAGAGGAAGCCCGCGCGCAGAGCCCGCUGCGCGCCGCCUGGCAGCUCGCGAGACUUCCCAGUGCUUUGCUUUGAGUCAGGAAAUGUGCGCUGAAAUUUCAAAUAGCUCUAAAGGCAAGUAUGAGCCUUUGACUUACCCAGAAGAAACUCCACCAGGCGACUCUGGCCUCCAGCGACUGGCUCACGCGUAAAGGAAACUGUUCAACAGUAAAGGAAGCGGAUCGGCUCCCAGCGCCGACAAGGCCACGCGCAGCGGCAGCAGACGCCUUCCCCAAACACCCGGUUCGUUCUGCCUCCCCUGCAUCCCGCGCUGCCUGCUUCGUCCUGGCCUCGCCACCCAAAGACAGCCGCCUGCCCCCGCAGACACCCAGCAAAUAAAAGCCGUCCUUUCCGUGCUCA